CACGAUCAUCCACUACGUCUUCCCUGCUGCCUGUUUCUCCUCCUGUGCACCUCUCUCACAGCCAUGAUGUCGCCUUCCUUCAGCCUGAUCUCUCUUUUGUGCGUCCUCUGUGAUGCUGCCGCCUUCGACCUCGACAGCUUCGCCCGCUUUGUGCCGACAGAGAGCAGCAGCAGCGAUGUGAAGCUGUCACUCAGCCAUCAGCAGACCACUCAGCUGACCGACAGUGACGAGAGAGAGGCCACCUUUGUGAGCUCUCUGUUUCCCCUCUCCCCAGGCGAUGUUCUCAACACGUGAGGCACUCACACACAACAUCGCACCGCAAGGCUGCACUGCAUGUUUGUGUGCUUUUUGUGUAGGUAUCCCUUUGAUGUGCCUAUUCCCUUGCCGCGCCAGCCGAUGGCAAUUCGGUCUCUGUGGGGCGAAAUUGUCGACGAUAAGAACGUCAGCGUGCCCCUCGAUGAGGUAAUGCGUCAAGGCCACACCCACACCCAGACACAAACACACAUGCAGCUGAAGGAAGGCGUGUGCGUGUGUGUGUGUGUGUGUGUGUGUCUUCAGGUCUACACGCACCACUGGUUCCUGACCUACACGAUGCCCGGCGACGAAAGCAGAAACCUCACACGCGCACUCAUUGUGGGCGCCGAGACCAGGGGUCAGUCAACUACCACUGCACACACAGGCAGGAUUGUUCGCUGCAUGCGCGGCCUGUUCGUUGCCCUGCCAGGGACGCCGAUAGUGUCGCUGAGCGCUCCUUUUGCCUUCACGACAACGGGCGAGGAGUCCUGGUGGCUCAACAUGCACCUGCUGAGGACCGACAAUGUGACCAAUGUGCAAGCCUGCAUUCAGGUGAUCACACAGCCACAGACACGCAACUCACCAAUUGGCCACGCAAUGCUGCUUGUUUGUGCCCUUCAGUGCCGCUGCGCCCCCGACGGCCGUCACGGGUCGCUCAGCUGCUGCCAAGACGGCACCCACUGCCACACAUCAUUCGACCCAUUCGUGACGGCCAGCGACACUGACUUCUUUGACGACCCCGCCCACUGCCCAGACUGCAACUCCAACACCGAAGACAUCUUCGGGCCGCCAAUCCGCAACUUUGUCCCUCGCCCAGCCGCCAAGCACUAUCGCGUCAGGUACACUGUCCGCUACGGCGAGGUCACCCCGGACGUCAAGCCGGUCCGCGCCAACAUGGGCAUCGACAUCGUCAAGGGCAAACAGGAGUACAACGUAUUCCCAUGCGCCCCCAAAGAGAGUGGGCCUCUCGCAGCCAUGAAGCAGCGGCGCCUACUGCUCAGUGGGGAGGACAGCGAGUGUGUCGACACCAAGAGGGUGACGGUCGUCGUCAACCAGCCCUUCCAUCUGAUCAACGUCCGCUCACACCUGCAUGUGGGCGGCAUAAGUGCUUCUGUGGCCGGCGUGAGGGAGCAGUGGCAGUGCGACAUGCGGGCCAUCUACGGCACCACGCCACGCAAGGCCGGCAACGAGCUGGGCUACGUGACGGGCAUCACCCAGUGCCACUACGGUGAGGGCGAGAGGGUGAUGCAGAGGGGCGACUUGCUGCGGGCGACGGUCCACUACAGGCGGGACAAGCACUACGCCGGCGUGAUGGGCGGGGCAGUGUUUGUCGGUUACUACCCCGGCGACACGGCGGCAUCGACGUCAUGGGAAUUCUCGUACACGCAGGUGUCCUAUGUCAACGAGACGGACAGCGAUGUGCGUGUGUGAAUGUGUGAAUGUGUGUGAGUGUGAGGGGAGAGAUGUUGAGAUGAGAUUGAGUCGUGCCUGUGGGUGGGUGUGUCACGGGGUCCACUCACGCAGUGUUCGCGAAGCUCACUUGCUGGCGAUUUAUCAAAUGCCAGCAAGUGAGUGAGCUUCGCGGGCGCCGGCGCAGUGGAUCUCGUGACACGAACCACACGCAAUGCGAUUGAUGAGUUUGGGAUGCGGGCCGUUUUGCCGUUUUUGAUGCCUGUGUGUGUGUCUGUGUGUCCAGCGGUGUGGUGUUGGUUGGUGUGACUCAAAGAUGAGAUCAGUGUCAGUGGCAAUGUCGUCCAUUGGGUGCGUUCACUGCAUCGAUGAGCUUCCUCACUGGGAGGGAAGAUGCAGCGAGGCCGUAUAAGCCAUCUUUUCGGAUCGCCUGUGUGCGUGUGGCAGUUGUCUGUGUAUCUGUGUGGUGCUUGUCGGAGUAUCGCAUUGGUUGGGAGAGAGAGGGUCGACGGAAUGGAUCUGUGGGCGUCAAGCGCAGCAGUCGCCGAGACGUUUAUCUGAGUAGCGAUGUGCACCACCCUGACGUGACUCGUCGACGUUAUCGUCAACGGGGCGAAUUCACCAAAUGCCGUGUGUUUCACUGUUCGUUUGUCUGAUGGGUGUCCUGUUUCCCCGCUCCUGCACGCUGUCUUGUGUGUCGGUUCGUUCCGUCCCGCAGACUUCGUGUGUGAGCGGGGGCGAAGGACACCCAAAGGACACAGACGAGAGAGAGAAUGGCAGACACUCUUUGUCAGUCAGCCUGACAGACAUGGGCUGCUCUUGACCCAUGUGUGUGUACUCGAUGUGUCUCGUUUGUGGGAUUCUCUGUGCGAUUGCAUCCUUAGCACGGCAGAGGUGUAUGUGGCCUCAGCACUGUGAUGUUUCAGUGGGUGGGCUCCGUACGCUGACGCCGGCUGAAGGACGCAGUCGUGCAAGAGAGAAAUGAGUGCGAUGGAUGAUGGGACAGCUAUGUAAUUGUCAUCUCACAGCAGAUUGCUGACGUGUCCCUCAUUUAUCCAUUCACAUCCAUCCAUUCGAGCGCCACCGCCAACCACAUGAAGAGGACGUCAGUCACCGCCCUGCAUCGUCUUGAGCUGGUUGUGUGUACUGCGUCUUGAGCUGGUUGUGUGUACUGCUGGCCAAAGCGAUGAGGCUUUUGGUGUGGCUGUGCUGCCUUUUGGAACUAUGUGUGUGUAAGUGACUUCGGUUGUGUCGGGAACUGACUCAGCCAAGGAGACUCGCGGGCUCAUCUGCGCAUAAGCAACACAGCUGUGCCGAGCCAGUCUGACGAUUGAUCGGUCAUUCAUUC